GGCGGAUUGGCGCACUUCUAAAUCCUAUACCCCCUCAGCCACUCACAGACCGCCAUUGCCUGUCCGCUGGCUAUCUUACCCUGAGAGCAAGACCGAGGAUCUUGACGCGUGCAACCAUCUUGUUCAAAUACGGCCAGAGGCCCUUGUAGUCCCUCUCGGCAUCCGGGUUGGGCUGCCACUUACCUCCCUCAAGGUUCAUGGAAGCGAGAGGACUUCAAACAUGAAGGUCCCCACCCACGUCUAUGAUGUGCAAAAGGCUCGACCGCUCUCGGGCUCCCGGGUCCGUUGAACAUUCACGGCCACUACCAUGAUCUCCCACGGGUACCUGAUCGCACUGACGUCUGUCUGCUGCUCUGUCUGGCUUACUAUAACAUAACGGACCGUCGCGCAGCUGCAUGCUAAUCCGGAGAUUUCAUCAAACGUACCAACAAAAUCGCUUGCUUGCCAUCCAUUAUUGCUUGUGCCUAUCCCUUUGGAGCUCUUACUCGUCAAUCGCCUCUAACGCCUCACGCCCGUUCUUUCCUACCACCAUGUGCGACUACACACAAGUUCAAUACAAGUGCACUCACGUCCGUUACGUUGUCAAAGCCUGGUGCACCAAGUACCAACAAACGCAUGUAAGGUGUCCGGCCAAUGUCACGGCAGUAGAAUACAGACUCAACGAGAACUGCGGCGAUUGCAGACGAUGACACGAAUCCGCUCCUCUGCAUCAUUUCUUAUCAUCACGGUUGCAAUAUAGCACGGCGUACACGGCGAAUACGGCGGGAAGCUGCACAAUACCCCAUUUUGAAUGUUUUCCUACCUUUUUG